UUCUUUUUUUCUUUUUCUUCGAAUCUAUUUAAAAAAAAAGAAGAAGGAAUAAGAAACGAGUGGUGGUGAUGAUGGAUGAGUAUAUGGAUUUUAGACCAGUCAAGUACACAGAGCACAAGACUGUCAUCAGAAAGUACACUAAAAAGUCUUCUACGGAGAAGAAGAUGAGUGGUGGUGCUUCGUCCUCCAGGUUGGUUCGUGUUUGUCUCAUUGAUCGUGACGCCACUGACUCAUCAAGCGACGACGAGGAGUUUCUCUUCCCUAGGAGACGUGUCAAGAGACUCAUCAACGAGAUCAGAGUCGAGCCUAGCUCCUCCUCCUCCUCCUCAGCCUCCGGUGACGUCUCCGCUUCUAAGACCAAGGACCGGAAAAGGCUCCCCGUUGAUCCUCCUCCUCCUCCUCCUGUUCAAACCCAGAAGAAGUACCGCGGCGUCAGACAACGACCUUGGGGAAAAUGGGCGGCGGAGAUUCGUGACCCGGAGCAACGCCGGAGAAUCUGGCUCGGUACUUUUUCUACGGCGGAGGAAGCUGCCAUCGUCUACGACAACGCAGCUAUCAAACUCCGUGGCCCCGCUGCUCUAACCAACUUCGCCGUACCACCACCUGAACCAGAACCGGAACCGGAACCGGAGAGCAACAUAUCGGUUUCGACAUCAGAAUCAAUGGACGACUCUCAACAUCUAUCGUCUCCGACAUCGGUUCUCAACUACCAAACAUAUGUCUCCGAGGAUGCACUCAAUGACCAUGUCAUCAAACCGGUUAAACAAGAGUUUCUUGAACCAGAACAAGAACCAAUAAGCUGGCAUCUUGGACAAGGUAAUAAUAACAUUAAUACUGAUAAUGACUCGUUUCCAUUGGACAUCCCAUUUCUCGACAACUACUUCAAUGAGUCACUACCAGACAUCUCCAUCUUCGAUCAACCUAUGUCUCCUAUUCAUCAGUCAUCAGAGAAUGAUAUCUUCAACGAUCUCGUCUUGUUUGAUAGCAACUACAACACAGGAGAAAACUGCUCUUCCGAUAUCAAAGAGAUUGGUUCAAUGUUCAACGAUCUUGAUGAUUCUUUGAUAUCCGAUCUUUUACUUGUGUGAUAUUAUUAUUUUCCCCCAUAACCAAACUCCGGUUCGGUUGCAAAUAUCUCCCUUGUGAGUCAAAUUUUGUCUGAAGUUUUGAUAAGAUUUUGUUUUUUUUUUUUUGUUUUUUACUUUCCUAGUGUUUCAUGAUUUUUGUUGAGAAGUAAUUUAAUGUUUGUCGUCGGCUUGUAAAACAGUUUUGGAGAAAUAUUCGGGGAAAAAAUAAGUAAUUAAUUAAGAAAUUAGUAGUAUUGUUGUUCUUGUCAA